AGCUAUAAACUUCACAACUAAACAGCUCAAGAGCCUCAUGGAGGGAUCACUUGAGCCUCAUCUCAGGGAGCACGUAGCCCAUGCCUUGGAGCUUCCAUUGAACUGGAGGAUGCCGAGGUUACAGACCAGGUGGUUCAUAGAAGCAUGCCAAAGGGAAGCUAACAUAAACCCUGUCCUACUUGAAUUGGCUAAGUUGGACUUCAACAGAGUUCAGAGCAUACAGCAGAGGGAACUCAGAGAAGUGUCGAGUUGGUGGAGCAAUCUUGGCCUGGCGCAGAGGCUUCCAUUUUCGAGGGACAGGUUGAUGGAGAGCUAUUUCUGGACGGUUGGCUGGGCUUUCGAGCCACAGUUUGCAAGAUACAGGGAGGCGCAGACAAAGGCAAUCUGCCUGUUAACAAUAAUAGAUGAUGUGUAUGAUGUUUACGGCACCAUGGAUGAGCUCGAACUUUUCACGGAUGCCGUCGAUAGAUGGGAUGUUAAUGCAAUGGACAAAUUGGCAGAGUAUAUGAAGAUAUGUUUUCUAGCCCUCUUCAACACUACAAAUGACACCGCGUACAAUGUUAUGAAAGAGAAGGGUCUGGAUAUAAUUCCACACCUAAAAAAAGCAUGGGCAGAUCUAUGCAAGGCAUAUAUGGUGGAAGCAAGGUGGUACCACCAAGGCUACACACCCAAUCUUGAAGAGUACUUGGAGAACGCACUAGUAUCGGUAUCGGGUCCCCUGGCAUUGACUCUUGCUUAUUGCACCAGUGACGAUGUAACUCGAGAGGCCUUGGACGGUUUCCAAAGCUGUCCUGAGAUUGCAAGAUGGUCAUCCAUGAUCCUUCGACUUUGUGAUGAUUUGGGUACUUGCAAGGACGAGCUUCGAAGAGGCGAUGUGCCCAAAUCUAUAGAGUGUCACAUGCAUGAGAGCGGUGUUUCGGAGGACGCGGCUCGUGAGCAUAUCAGGCAAUUGAUUAGAGGGAAUUGGAGAGCAAUAAACGGAGAUCGAAGUUUCACUUCGUGUUUUGAGGAAAACCUAAAAAUGAUAGCCAUCGAUAUUCCUCGAAUGGCCCAUUGCAUGUACCAAUAUGGAGAUGGAUAUGGCAAACCCGAUGGAGUGAUCGAGGAUCGCAUCAGGUCUUUGUUGAUUGAACCUAUACUUAUGUAACAAUGUAAUUAAGGAUAAUAUCGUGAAGCUUUAAGUCUCCUCGUGAUUUGUCCAAGUCUUUGAUCAAGUUUCUUUAGGUGUGAUCACUCUUUUUAUUCUGUAAAAGGUAUUGAUGGUGUAAUUUUCGUUUGUUCGUUGUGAUAAUUAAUCUGUAUCAUCAAUUUAAAAGUAGAAAACUUUCUUU